UCUCAGCAGAAUCACCGUAGCGAGGUUAGCAGCAGCUAGCCCCGCAGAGACUGACAGCCUGUCUGGAUUAACGCUGCCGGGAACAUCGCCGCGUUUCCUCCGCGGUGUUUCAAGCCUGAGCCGUCCCACUUUCUCGAGUGGGGAGUGUUGUGGAGGAGCCACGUGUACAGGAAGGAGCCGGAGUCUGACAGCUCGGUCCGCAGGUCAGUAUGACCAGGAAGACCAGCUAACCGUCUCCCGUUACCGAAGACCAGCUAACCGACCGUCUAACGUUACCGAAGCCUAGCGUCGUUUUCCGUCGUCGAGCCGCACAGGCAAACAUCGUCAUCAUCAUGGCUGUUUGGAGAAAACUGGCUGCGCCCCUGCUUCUCUGUGCCCUCUUCCUCCUCCAAACCAUCAGCGUGCACGCACGACCAGCCAACAUGUCGGCCUCUAAAGAGAAGUCACCGCCCACCAAAGACGAGAAUGAGAUUCUCCCCCCGGACCACCUGAACGGGGUGAAGAUGGAGAUGGACGGCCACCUCAACAAGGACUUCCAUCAGGAGGUGUUCCUGGGCAAAGAGAUUGAGGAAUUCGAAGAGGACUCCGAGCCCAGGAGGAACAGAAAGAAGCUCAUCGAGAUAUUUACCAAAGUUGAUUACAACAAGGACAAGAGCGUGAGCGCCAAGGAGAUGCAGCGCUGGAUCAUGGUGAAGACGGAGGAGCACUUCCAGGAGGCCAUGGUGGAGAACAAGAACAGUUUCCGUGCCGUAGACCCAGACGGCGAUGGGCACGUGACGUGGGAUGAAUACAGAGUUAAAUUUCUGGCCAGCAAAGGUUUCAAUGAAAAGGAAAUGGCUGAGAAAAUAAAGAAUAAUGAAGAUCUGAAACUGGAUGAGGAAACUCAGGAGGUUUUGGAAAGCCUGAAGGACCGCUGGUUUCAGGCCGACACCCCUCCAGCCGACCAGGUGCUGAACGAGCAGGAGUUCCUGUCCUUCCUUCACCCCGAGCACAGCAGGGGAAUGCUCAAGUACAUGGUCAAGGAGAUCGUGCGCGACUUAGACCAGGACGGCGAUAAGAAGCUGACACUGUCAGAGUUCAUCUCUCUGCCCGUGGGCACCGUGGAGAACCAGCAGGCUCAGGACAUCGACGACGACUGGGUCCGAGAGAGGAAGAAGGAGUUUGAGGAAGUCAUUGAUGCAAACCGUGACGGCAUCGUAACCAUGGAGGAACUAGAGGAGUACAUGGACCCGAUGAACGAGCACAACGCUCUGAACGAGGCCAGGCAGAUGAUCGCCGUCGCAGAUGAAAACCAGAAUCAUAAUUUGGAGCUGGACGAGAUUCUCAAGUAUAGCGAAUACUUCACGGGCAGCAAGCUCAUGGAUUACGCCAGAAAUGUUCACGAGGAGUUCUGAAGACACAUGCAUCCUUCCCCCCCCUUCUCAUCCUACAUCUGCUUCAGGGACAAGCCUAAAUGGGGGGCGGGCACCUAAUGAUAGGAUGACCUAGUGUGCAAUUCUGUGUUUUAAAAGCCUCGACAGGCUCUUUCAUUGCUGACUAAAAUGAAUACAUCCCUCCUUCAGCCCUGGACUGUCUGCCAGCCAUCAAAGUCUGCCUUCUGUGUGCCAUUGAACUUUUUUGACUUCUAAAUGUCAGGCUUUUUUUUUGUUUCCAUGAAUAUGAGGCACCACCACCACAACAACAACUCCAAAAUUUCUAUGUUGUGAAAUGUGUGUAUAUGAGGAAUUUUAAACCCUGACUAGAUUUUCUGUUUCUGGUGCGGCGGUGAGAGAGACUGCACGACUAGGCGAGCUGUUUGUUCUGCAGGAUUCGUUUGUUUUUAGCUGUAUACUAUGUAAAUAUUCACUGUCGUGUACCGAUGCGCCUCUGUGAGAGAGCAAAGCUGAGAAAAUAAAUAUAACGCUGCUGAAAGGAAACCACCCUUACAGAGAUAUCAUAUCAUUAUAAAAAGACUCACUAAAUACCACUUCAUUUCCCAGAAGUCAGAUUUGUCAGUAGCAGUGUACAAUUCCACUAGUUUCCAUAAAUAGAUCAUGUCCGUCCUCAAACAGGGUAUUGAUUUUGUAAAAAGAAGAAAUAGACUUUUAAAAAGCUGUUUCGAUAAAGUGCAGAGACUUUUAUUGUCAAACGAAGAUUAACGUGUGAGAGCAACGUGCCUUUCUCUCAGCAGAUGUUUUGUCUGAUUGAGGGAGAAGCACAGGUGUCACCGCUGAAGUUAACGACAUUAACAUAAUGAGUGUCACCUGUGUGUGUGUGUGUGUCGCGUCUCGACUGAAAGCGAUUAAUCCUCUUGUUAAGAAGUGAAUACAGAUUAUUCUGAUUUGAAUCAGCUGCAUCUUUGAACGUCACACAGGUCUGUACUUCUU